AUGGAGGUUUUCAGCAAAUCCCCGUUCCAUACUGUACCAGCACGACGGUUCACUCAAACCCGCCUCGGGACAUCAGCAUCAGUUCCUCGUUCCGCACCAAGUUUUCCCUCUUCUCCGUCAACCAACUACCAGAAACCCACCUACUCAUUUCAAAAUUCGCAAUCCGACUUUACAAAAGCAGCCCUUACACGAGCCUCAAACUAUCUUCUAGGUGUUUAUGCGCGACCUGGCUUUGUUCUCUCCCACGGAAAAGGUUCAUACGUAUGGGACACUGAAGGCAGAAAGUUCUUGGACUUCAGUGCUGGUAUUGCUGUCAACGCGCUGGGACACGGUGAUGAAGGUGUAGCCAAGACUCUUGCCGAACAAUCGGGAAAACUUUUACAUACUAGCAAUGUUUACCACAAUGAGUGGGCAGGGAAGCUUGCGGAACUACUGGUCAACCUUACGCGGACUGAAGGUGGAUUAGGAUAUUCCGCCGGAGAUACCAACACAGCCGGUGCAAACCCGAAAGUCUUUUUUGCCAGUUCCGGAACGGAAGCCAACGAAGGUGCGAUCAAAAUUGCACGGAAAGUCGGGAAGGAUCGUUGGGCAGCUGCUUCCCACGGACGGGCCUGGGACUCCCCUGAGUGCUCGAAAUUACGCAUCGUGUCUUUCGAGCAGUCAUUCCAUGGAAGGAGUACAGGUGCUUUAAGUCUUACUAAUUCGCCUAAGUACCAGAUUCCCUUCAGACCCCUUCUACCAGGGGUUGACGUCGGAAAACUCAACGAUUUUGAUAAUCUCAAUUCCUUGGUUAGCGAGGAUACAUGUGCAGUGUUUGUCGAACCUAUUCAAGGAGAAGGCGGCAUCAAUACAGCUUCUAUUGGAUGGCUUGCUGCGCUGCGAAAGCGCUGUGACGAGGUCGGGGCAGUCCUAGUGUUUGAUGAAAUUCAGUGUGGGAUUUAUAGGGCAGGUACCCUAUGGGCACAUUCAACUUUUCCGAGGGAAUGUCAUCCCGAUAUUGUCACCAUGGCCAAACCUUUAGCCAAUGGUUACCCGAUUGGCGCAGUCCUACUGCGGGAUGACAUUGCCCAGACCAUGACAGCAGGAACCCAUGGGACGACAUUUGGCGGAUCACCCCUCGCAUGCGCAGUGGGGUAUCAUGUCUUAUCGAGGCUGUCGGAGGAACCUUUUGUAUCACAUAUCGCAGAGAUGAGUACGUAUCUCAUUGGUCGUCUGGAACUAUUGUCUAGAUGGUUCCCACAAAUCCUUCAACCCGGAGUGCGGGGAAGAGGGUUGAUUUUGGGAUUGGGAUUCAAGGAUGAGAAGCAUCCCGGUCUACUCGUGAAUAUGGCAAGGGAAAGAGGCGUCUUUGUUCUGACGGCAGGAAAGGAUGCUGUGAGGUUGGUUCCUAGUCUGACGGUGAGUAAAGAGGAGGUCGAUGUGGCCGUGGACGUGAUUGAGAGUUGCUUGGGGGAGAUGCAAACUUAG